AAUGUGAGUGACAAUGAUGAUAUCCCGACUGAAGAUAUCGAUUCGGAAGGGUUUAAUGAUUUCGGAGGUGACUCACCUCCACAUUCACCUCUAUAUUCACCUCCACAUUCACCUCCAGCUAGACGAAGUAAAGUUAUUCGUCUUAGAGUUAGAGGACUUGGAGUUGCAUCUGCAUCAACAUCUGCAUCUGCAACUGCAUCAUCAUCAACAC